AGGCUCCGCCCCUUGGCUCUGACGCUCCGCAGAGGAGCCGACGUCUGUCACGUCGGCGCAAGGAGAAGAAACAAAAACAGCUGCACACAUAGAUGAGCUCUUCUGUGAUAACAGUGGCAGCAGAAAUCACAACCCCUACGCACUCUCCAUUGUUGUUCGCCGUCAGGGCGAUGCGGCGACGUGUCUUUAUUUUCGGCUGUAACGUAGGGUGAAGAGGGGAUGCUAGCUAGCUAGCCUGCUAGCCUAAUCUGACAGCCAGCGUUAGCAGCCUGUAGCUAACUUCCUCCUGGAUUCCUGAGACUAAACAAUCAUGACGCAGAAAGUGGACCUGUCUUCAGUUUCCCUCGGCGUGGAGGGUAUGACUUGUGGCUCCUGUGUCCAGUCAAUAGAGCAGCGCAUCGGCUCUCUCCGUGGAGUGAUACAUAUAAAGGUGUCUUUGGAGAAGGGAAAUGCCACGGUCAUAUAUGACCACAGUCAACAGAGCCCACAGUCUCUGUCGGAGGCCAUCGAGGACAUGGGCUUUGAAUCAAGACUGUCGGAGUGCAGCGCAGCCGCGUCGGUCUCUACAGAUACCCAGCUGAUCACCACCUCAGGCCUAACACCUGCAGCCCAACGAGAAGCCUCGGAGAAGCUCUCACAGAUUCAAGGAGUGCUGGAUGUCAGAGAGAACCUGCCUCCGACGGGUCUCACUGUCACGUUUAUUCCUUCCCUGACUUCUGCGCUGCAGCUUAGCGAGGUCGUAUCCAGUUUAACACCCGCAGAUGUGCCCGCUCCCAGUAGCCCUACACAAAAAGGCCUAGCCUUGUCUCCAUCUCACACCAACACGGGAAAGGGGGUGACUGUCCUGAAGCUGUGCAUCGAAGGAAUGACCUGCCACUCCUGCACCACCACCAUUGAAGGGAAGAUUGGGAAACUGAAAGGGAUUGAAAAGAUCAAAGUUGUUUUAGAUUCUCAGGAAGCUACAGUCGUCUACCUGCCUUACCUCAUCACUGUUCAAACCAUCAUCGACCAGAUUGCUGUUGCCGGAUUCAAGGCCUCCGUCAAGUCCAAGCCGCAGCCUCUGCAGUUGUCUCCCAGCGAAAUUGAACGUUUCGCCGAUUCUCAAAAACCGACGGUUUCGUCUCCGUCGGAAACAUCAGAGGAGACGGAAAUCUUCAUAGACACGACGCUCGUCGCGCUCAGGGUGAAAGGCAUGCACUGCCGUUCCUGUGUGGUCAAUAUUCAAGACAAUAUCUCAGCGAUGUCUGGUGUUUCGUCGGUAGAGGUCUCUCUGGAGAAGGAGAUGGCCUCUAUCUGCUACGAUCCUCUAGUGGUCACAGUGACUCAGCUGCAACAGGCAAUUGAGGCGCUGCCUCCAGGAAACUUUAAAACUCAACCCUGGGACUCUUCUGGCCCCGUCUCCACAUCACCUACGCCUGCCUUACCUUCAUCGCGGCCUGCGGGAGCAACCCAGGCCAAACACGCUUCCCCGGAGCCUUGUUUUACUCAGCCUCUCGCUGCUGUAACUAAUAUUCACAUCGAGGGCAUGACAUGUAACUCCUGUGUCCAGUCCAUCGAAGGCAUGAUCUCUCAAAGGAAGGGGGUAGUGUCAGCCCAGGUGUCUCUGGCUGAUCACCAGGGGAUCUUUGAGUAUGACCCCCUUUUAACCACACCAGAGGAGCUGAGAGACGCUAUAGAAGAUAUGGGCUUCGAUGCUUUUCUACCUGAGACCAAUUCUCUGCUGCCUACUUCAGACCCUUUGUCGUCAGGGUCUUCAAGUAUUACGCCUGUCAAGGGUAAGAAGCUGGACGGCGACAAAGACACGCUCCAGGGCUUCAGUGGAGACACACACUCUAAAUGCUUCAUCCAGAUCGGAGGAAUGACCUGCGCUUCCUGUGUGGCAAACAUCGAGCGAAACCUCAAGAAUGAACUUGGUAUCUCGUCUGUUCUGGUUGCACUAAUGGCCGGUAAAGCAGAGGUCAGAUAUAACCCCGAAGUCAUCGAUCCAGGGAAGAUAGCCGAGUGUGUGACGGAGCUGGGCUUCUCCGCCUCCGUUAUGGAGAACUAUGAAGAUUCAGAUGGAAACCUGGAACUAGUGGUCAGAGGAAUGACAUGUGCCUCUUGUGUUCACAAAAUCGAAUCCAGCCUUAUGAAACAGAAGGGUAUUAUAUAUGCCUCCGUUGCCUUGGCAACUAACAAAGCACACAUUAAGUACGACGCUGAAUACAUAGGCCCGCGAGACAUCAUCAAGCACAUUGAGAACCUAGGGUUUGAAGCAUCUUUGGUAAAGAAGGACCGCACUGCCAGCCACUUGGACCACAGCACAGAGAUCCGACAGUGGAGGAAGUCGUUCCUCGUGAGCUUGAUUUUCUGCGUGCCUGUAAUGGGUAUGAUGCUCUACAUGAUCAUCGUCGACCACCAGAUGAAUGUUUCCCAUCACCACAACUCCACAGUAGAAGACCUCAAUCACUACCACUCCACCAUGUUCCUGGAGAGACAGCUUUUCCCAGGCCUCUCCAUCAUGAACCUCAUCUCUUUCCUCUUUUGUGUGCCUGUGCAGUUUAUUGGAGGUCGCUACUUCUACAUCCAAGCUUACAAAGCAUUGAAACACAAGUCUGCCAACAUGGAUGUGCUGAUAGUUCUGGCGACUAGCAUAGCCUUCACCUACUCACUGGUCAUCCUUAUAGUGGCCAUGGUGGAGAAGGCGAAAAUCAACCCCAUCACUUUCUUCGACACACCUCCUAUGCUGUUCGUCUUCAUCUCUCUGGGACGCUGGCUGGAACAAAUAGCCAAGAGCAAGACGUCCGAGGCCUUGUCCAAACUGAUGUCUUUACAAGCUACUGAGGCCACAGUGGUGACGCUGGGCAGUGAUAUGUCUAUACUCAGUGAAGAGCAGAUGGAUGUUGGCCUGGUGCAGAGGGGCGAUGUGGUGAAAGUCGUUCCUGGGGGGAAGUUCCCAGUCGAUGGGAAGGUCAUUGAGGGAACCUCCAUGUCUGACGAGUCUCUCAUCACAGGUGAGGCCAUGCCGGUGACAAAGAAGCCCGGGAGCACGGUCAUCGCAGGCUCCAUUAACCAGAACGGCUCUCUGCUCGUCAGCGCUACACAUGUUGGCUCGGACACUACACUCGCUCAGAUCGUCAAACUGGUGGAGGAGGCUCAGACUUCCAAGGCUCCCAUCCAGCAGUAUGCAGAUAGGAUCAGUGGCUACUUUGUACCCUUCAUCGUUGUCAUAUCUUUUCUUACGCUGAUCGCCUGGAUUAUUAUUGGGUUUUUGGACUUCUCUCUAGUGGAGCUGUACUUUCCCGCGUACGACAAAAGCAUUUCCAGAACCGAGGCAGUGAUUCGAUUCGCCUUCCAGGCCUCCAUAACGGUGUUAUGCAUCGCCUGUCCCUGUUCCCUUGGCUUGGCAACCCCGACAGCUGUCAUGGUGGGCACAGGUGUUGGAGCCCAAAAUGGCAUCCUGAUAAAGGGAGGAGAGCCACUGGAGAUGGCACAUAAGGUCCAGUCGGUGGUGUUUGACAAGACUGGGACCAUCACAUACGGAGCCCCUAAGGUUAUCCAAGUCAAGAUACUCGUGGAGGGGAAUAGGAUGCCUCGCUCCCGCCUGCUGGCCAUUGUGGGUACAGCAGAGAACAGCAGUGAACAUCCUCUGGGAGCAUCUGUCACCAGAUACUGCAAACAGGAGCUCGGCACAGAAUCCCUCGGCACAUGCACCGCCUUUCAGGCAGUGCCGGGAUGCGGCAUCCAGUGCCAGGUCAGCAACACGGAGUUUCUUCUAAAGCAGGGGGACAGCGACAGUGAGGACAACAACCAGCGCAACAGUGUCCUCGUCCAGAUCAGUGACACCCGUUUGUCCACCACCGCUCAUCCUCUCAUCAUGGACCCACAGCCACUGAGCGUCGUCCAGACGGCUACAUACGGCGUCCUGAUCGGCAACAGGGAGUGGAUGAGGAGGAACUGCCUGCAAGUCAGUCCUGACGUUGAUGAAGCCAUGAUAGAGCAUGAGCGCAGAGGUCGCACUGCUGUUCUAGUAGCUGUAGACAAUAUGCUGUGUGCAAUGAUAGCCAUAGCAGACACGGUGAAACCAGAGGCUGAGCUGGCAGUCCGCACGCUCACCAGCAUGGGGCUGGAAGUUGUGCUAAUGACUGGAGACAACAGCAAGACGGCUCGAGCCAUUGCUGCACAGGUUGGAAUCAGGAAGGUGUUUGCUGAGGUGCUGCCCUCCCACAAGGUGGCCAAGGUGGAGCAGCUGCAGCAGGCGGGAAAGAGAGUUGCCAUGGUGGGCGACGGCGUGAACGACUCGCCCGCUCUGGCCAUGGCCGACGUGGGCAUCGCCAUAGGAACCGGGACAGAUGUGGCCAUCGAGGCAGCAGACGUGGUGUUGAUCAGGAACGACCUGCUGGAUGUGGUGGGCAGCAUUGACCUCUCUAAAAAGACCGUCAGGAGAAUCAGGAUCAACUUCGUUUUUGCUCUUAUCUACAACCUGGUUGGAAUUCCUAUUGCUGCUGGUGUGUUCCUUCCCAUUGGUCUGGUGUUACAGCCGUGGAUGGGCUCUGCUGCGAUGGCGCUGUCAUCCGUCUCCGUGGUCGUGUCCUCGCUUCUACUCAAAUGUUACACUAAACCCACCGCUGAGUAUCUGGAGGCCAAACUGGGGACUAGCAGGCGUCAGGGCAGCCUCUCCGACGUCAGCGUCCACAUCGGCAUGGGCGACGUGCGUCGCCCCUCUCCCAAACUCAGCCUGCUGGACCGAAUCGUCAACUACAGCCGCGCCUCGAUCAACUCCCUGCGCUCCGACAAGCACUCGCUCAACAGCUUGGCGCUGAAUGAGCCCGACAAACACUCGCUGCUGGUGGGGGAGGCGCUGUGCGAGGAGGAGUUCUGCUGAACACGUGUGCUGCUCGUGUGGUCGGCACAGAUGAUUGCAGUUGGUAGAAGGCUGGACUGUGCUAAGCUGAAAGGGUAACAUUAAAUAAUGGCCCAUCCAUCCACUGAAGGUGCCCUCGGGGCAGCACUGCUUAUUUGAAGGAAGCUCGUAUGCCCCAUGUUUCCUUUUAACUCAACCAGCUGAUCAUAUGCACUACAGAGCACGCUGGGUUGACUCCUUCUCCUAAAGCUGCAGGCUGUCUUUUAUUGUGGUUGCCCUCAGGUGUGCUCUGACAAAUCCUUAGACGCUUUGAUCUGCCUACACUCUCUGACUCUCCAGAGACAUUAAACUUCUUCAGAGCCUCGAAGCAACGUCCACAUCCAGGAAGCAGAGUGACGACCACCUCUGCCACGUUGGACACUAACAAUCUACAACAUUUAUCCAAAGACAUUUAAGAGUGGACACUACAGUUAUGUUUGAAACUCAUUUUCCUCGGAUGGAAAAAAUCGUGCUGUUUUAGAAUUCCACACUAUUUAUAUUAUCAUUAUUUAUAUAUAUAUAUAUUUUUUUUCCAUUAUAUCCUCUGUGAAAAAUGAAGUUCAAAUGAAAUCCAAAUGCCAUCUUUAAUUUUUUCCAGCCUCACUUCCCGAAAUGUGUAAUUACUGAUCAAAUACAUAUGCGGUAAUUUGUAAUCGUAUCGUGAGAAGCCUUAUAACGAGCUGCAAACUGACAAAAAAAAAGAAACAAAUCGUAUGAAGUGAGUCGUAAAUGUCGGUUUUACCCAAGUGCCAGCUGAAAUGCCGACUCGGCAGUCCACCACAUUCCAAAGAGAGCCGCGUGCAGAAAGUUACCUUGGACUUAACGUGCAUAAAAUGUGAGCUGAGCGAAGGUCAACGAUUCGAAAGCAGAGUUCUGCUUAAGGUCGACUGUGAUCUGGUUCUUUUAGUUUUUUUUUUUUUUUCAGCUUCAACUGCAUCUCCGGUCAAUGAUAGAAGAUGUUUGUCUACAAAUGUGAACAUUAUUGCAUGUUAUAUUUAAGUAGAAGUUGUUACAUUGUGCUUGGAUCACUGCAUCUAUCGUUUGAAAUCAGCUUUUGCGUUUGAAAAGGCUGAGCUCUAAAUGUAUUUGUGCCCUGCUUGUUGUUACAGUAGAUGAGGUGGUGUAACUGUUCCUAAGAUUCACCUUGUUGCACUUGAUCAAAGACACGUCUGUAAACCAAGGGGAGCGGGAAACAGCAGCAGCCUGAACCCAGCUGUGUGUGUGCAGCAGUUCCACCAAACGCGUUACUGAGAUGCAAACACUGACACUUACUAUAGAACUAGUACUUAUUAUAAAAUCACAUUGUACAAUUUAAGUCAAACUGGGAUCACGCCAGUUAUAUUUUGCAAUCGUAGAUCGACUGUUGUUUCUUUAAUUAUUCUUGUUCAAUCAAUAGAAGUGACUUUAGUCUAGUUUUUUUUUUUUUUUUUUUAAAUCAUUAUCAGUCUUUGAUAGUAAAAAAAAACCCGCCAUCAGUUUGUCCUGCCUCUUUCCGCCAAUGCACUAUACUCUGUAGCGGUCACAGCUUGCUGAGUGCGAUUAAUGCCAAUCUGUUAUUUUUUUUGGUGCAAUGCUCUGUAAAGAGUCUGUGAAGUGUGCGGUCAAAUUAAGCAAAUCCAUGUUUGCCAUCUGCUAUAGUUCUUCUGAACAUUGUGUGCCUUGAAUAAAAUGCUUUUGUAAACA